CGCCGUCCCCGCGGCGCGCCCUCCCCCUCUCGGCCCGGCCGGGCCGGGGAGCUCGAGGCCGGAGUCGUGGACGUGACUGGGAGGAGUCUGCCCGCCUCAGGUUUCCGCGCUCGGCCGCGGCCAUGGCGGAGCCCACCGUGUGCUCCUUCCUCACCAAGGUGCUGUGCGCCAACGGCGGCCGCAUGUUCCUGCAGGACCUGCGCGGCAACGUGGAGCUGUCGGAGGCCCGGCUCCGGGACGUGCUGCGCCAGGCCGGGCCCGACCGCUUCCUGCUGCAGGAGGUGGAGAUGAGGGAGGGCCUCUGGGACGCCGAGGCCGAGGUGGCGGCCGGCGCGGGCGGCGGCGGCGGCGGCGGCGGCGGCCCCUGCGCCUGGCGGGUGGUGGCCGUGUCCUCGGCGCGCCUGUGCGCCCGCUACCAGCGCGGCGAGUGCCAGGCCUGCGACCAGCUGCACCUCUGCCGCCGCCACAUGCUGGGCAAGUGCCCGAACCGCGACUGCUGGUCUACCUGCACCCUUUCCCAUGACAUCCACACACCUGUCAACAUCCAAGUACUGAAAAACCAUGGGCUUUUUGGCCUCAAUGAGGCCCAGCUUCGGAUCCUGCUUUUACAGAAUGACCCGUGCCUUUUACCAGAGGUCUGUUUACUGUACAACAAAGGUGAAGCACUUUAUGGCUACUGCAACCUCAAGGAUAAAUGCAACAAGUUUCACGUGUGCAAAUCCUUUGUCAGAGGGGAGUGCAGACUUCAGAAAUGCAAACGGUCCCAUCAGCUCAUUCAUGCCACAGCGCUGCAGCUGCUGCAGGACCAAGGACUGAAUAUUCCAAGUGUCGUGAAUUUUCAGAUCAUCUCUACCUACAAGCACAUGAAGCUGCACAAGAUGCUUGAAAGUCAAGGUAAUGCCGCUUCUCCUGCUGAGUAUUCCCAGGGCCUCGAGAAGCCAGGAGGACAUAUGGCUGGUGCUGCAGAGGCCGGUCCUGUGGCUCCUGUCCCUGCUUCGUCAGCCAAGAAGCCACACACAGGGAAACCGGAAAGGAUGUCCGUGAAAUAAGACGCUUGUCCAGUCAGAAGGUCUGUGGUUUGAAAUACUGUCAUCGCUGGAAACAGAUACAGUUUUGGACUUCGUGGAGGGUUUCUAUGGUGGAAACAAGUGGGUAAGCAAAAACAAAUUAACUUGUCAAGGCCUAUCUUUUGGAGAGUGUGGACAUAAUAGAUUCUUACAAAAUGAAAUAUCUUUCCCAGUGGUUUCCAGCGUGCAUUUUCCCUCCUCUUUGUCUCCUAAUCAGUAGCUCUGGGGGUACCCACAAAUUGUAUAGUAUUUGCUGCAAGUACACACAGGAGUGGGGGAAUAUUUUUGCACCAUUAAACAAUUGAUAUUAUUCUUUAAUAUUUACACAGAAGCAGUUUUCCAUGUGAGAGACAGGAUUCAAUUUCUUCCAUUAGCAAGAAUGUGCACAUCGAAUGUGGUAUGGGACAUACGGUUUUAUGUCCUUUACAAAAAUAGUCUUGAUUUCGUUACAUUUUCAAAAAAAUCAAUUGAGGAGUUAGACUUCAGCUGAGGAUGUAGAAAACUGCAAGAAAAACCAGAUAACCUAUAAAACUGUAACUUUUCUCAAGCCCAAAAGAGACAGGUCAUAAGUCCAGUUCACUGAAAUCCAAGGAGUGACAAGGUUCUGUAUAGAAAGGUGUGACACAGACAUACUUUGACAGAACCUGGGGGAGAGAUGGUCCCCUUACAAAUGGAUAAGAUGAUGUCGGGUGUGUUUUUAAUGAAUUCUCAAAAGCCAGAUAUGGGUUAACAUGUCAAUUUGUGAAAGUUAAUAGCAGAAGAAAACACCAAGGAAGUUAUGCAAGAAUAACUGAAACAAACAGACUGCGAUGGUUACUGGGUAAUCUGGUCCCAGCACAGAAUUUCAUAGAUGAGAUGAUCUCUGUCGUGUCUCAGUGCUUACGAAUGCAGCAAAAGAUGAUGUGAAGUUACAACAUCCAGCUGGACCCGGGGUCUGAGGGCAGAUGCUCUCGUGCACUGCUGGAGGAUUGGUCUCUUGGAAGACAGGUUGGCAGUAUCGUGAAAGGUCUUAAAAAUAUACAUGCUUUUUGAUCAAAUAAUUCCAGUCUGAGAAAUUUAUCAUAUAAUAAUAAAAGAUGUAUAGAGGAAUUUACUUAUAAAAUUGUGUCUGUUGGCUAGGUCCUGUCAAGAAACAUGUUAAGAACCACUUAAACAGGAUAAAUGGAGGGAAUUUAAUGAAGGACUAUCUCUGAAGAGAUGGGCAGGGUUAAGGGAAGCCGAUGAAGGUUGGGGUUGUAACCCAGGCUAGCAGUGAUGGGGACACCAUUCCAUGAUAGGCAUGAAGGUAUAAGGGGUGGGGAUUACAGGAACCCAGGGAAAGUGACCACAUGAGAGAACCUCCCACCAGAUGCAUUCAAGGUCUCAUGUUGGAGGACACAGCCAACAAGUAGUCUUUUCAGGGUGGGGACUGGGGGAAUACAUACCCUUGCCUUCCUUUUUUUCCAUUACCAGUUUUCUUGCUGGUGUUCGCCACGACCCCCCUUCCAUAUUGGCCAAAGGCACUGGAAGCCAGAGGGGGAAGGAGCCCACGGAGGCAGUCUUGCAAAGGUCAGCUUCUUGAAGCAAACAGCAUGGUGGAGAAGGGUAGAUGAUGAACCAUAGGGUAAUAGGAAUUUGCUGAACAACUUACGAUAGGGUUAGAUCUUGGAAUACAAUGCCACCAUUAAAAAUGAUGUUUUGAGAGUAUUAUUUAUUAAGGUGAAAAGAUGUUCAUAAUAUAUUGUUGAGUGCAACAAAAUGUUAGGUACAGUCUGAUCCCAACUUUUUAUCAGCAUUAUAUGUAGGUGUGUGUAUGUACGCAUUUAUGCAUUUAAAAUGCCUG